AUGGCGGCGAUGGCGACCGAGCUCGACAAGGAGUUCGGCAGGUUGCUGGAGUCGCACCGAGAUGUGCCGGACGCGGCGGUAAUGACGCCAAUCAAAGACCCUUCUUUUGCGGUCCUGACUUGCCCCCUUGAUCAAGUCCUGGCAGCUUCGAUGUUGGGGGUGCUCAGCACCGAGCCACAGAACCACAAACCGAAGAACCUUCCGUUCACGGUGGUCCAGCGUAAGCUCGCGUCCGCCAUGAAAUUGUUCCUGGCGACGGAACGGCUGGCCCCGGCCGCGCGCCGGGCGGUCGUGACGGCCUCGCUCAGCGUCUUCCGCCACUCCUGCGCGGUGACCGUGCCGGCCAAGCUGUCGGGCAUGGCGGCGCACGCGUUGCUGCGCGCGCUGGUCUCCGUGACUACCGGGACGACAACCAGCAGCAGCGCCGGCGCAGCAGGGGGAAGCAAGAAGCACCACAACAACAACCACCGCCAUCGCAGCCGGUCUCCAUCGACCGGUGCGACAGGGGGCAGCUUGGUGCUGGGAACGGAAGGGUUCCCGGAGUCGCAAGUCGCGGCGUUCUUGUUGGACGUGACCCGGGUAGAGCCGCCGCCGCCACCGACGCCGCCCGUCGCGGUGCCGGCUGACGUCGCCCUCAAGAUCAUCUCCGCCUUCGGGGUCGGCAAGGCCGGCAGAAAGGGCGAGGGCCACUCGCUGGAGUGGGGGGGUCCCUCGGUGGCCGACUCCCUCCGAGGCUCGGUCCGCAGGGUGGCCAACCGGCUGCAGCGGGAGGGGAAGUGGGGGCUGGUUUCGGAGCUGGUGGAGCACAUGGAGACCCGCGGGGGCGUGGAGGAGUGCGAGGGGGUUCUGGGGAUGAAGCUCGGAGAGGUGAACCGGUUCGUGCGCGUGCUUAUGCGGCAAGAGAAGACGAUGAAGGUGAUCUGCAACCACGUCGCGGACCCCCGCAUCGUCCUGAAGCCGAACGCGGGCUCCGACCGUUCGUGGGUAUGGAACGCCUUUGACUUCACUGAGGGGCAGCUUGAGGAGAUGACGUUUGCCCUGCGCUUCGGGAACUCAGACUCUGCCAACGAGUUCAAGGAGGUUGAGCACAUGAUUGGGCUGGGCAACCUUCCCGCCGCGGCGGCGCUGAUGGACCACUUUGGGUUGCACGGGGCCUUGCCAGCGUUGGAUCCCGCGCUCAUCGAGGCCUCCGCGCGAGAGAGAGCGGCGGCGCACCUGCAGCUCCCGAUUAGCAGCUCGAGGGUUCUCGUAGUGGAAGGGUGGCAGACGCUCCAGUACGCUCGACAGGUUCUGAUGGAGCCGGCGGCGGUAGGAGGAAAAGGCACCGUGCCGGGGGUGCGAUGCGUAGGGUUGGACGUGGAGAAUUCUCCGACAACGAACAGGGCGACGCUGCUUCAGGUGGCCACCAGCACGGAUGUAUUCCUGUUCGACCUGAUCGCUCUGUUGGGCCGCGCGGCGAGCCUUGAAGUCUCUCGCCAGUUCGAUGCCACUGUGGAAGACCUUCUCACCGACCCCCACAUCGUCAAGCUUGGCUUCUCCUUCGCCCACGACGCGACCGCCCUGCGCAAGACCUUCCCCUCCGCGAGGGGGUUCCGGCGGAUAGCUGCCUUGCUGGAGGUAGGGGAACUGAGCUCCGCCGUCUUGGGACGGAGCACCCCGUCUUUGUCCAAGACCUGCGAGGCGUGGCUGGGCAAGCCGCUGGACAAGACGGAGUGCGCGUCGAAGUGGGACGUGAGGCCGUUGACGGCAGAUCAGGUGAGAUAUGCCGCCCUCGACGCGCACUGCCUAGUGGGGAUAUUCGAGGAGAUGCUGCUCGAGAGGGGCGGUCGGCUCGCCGCCACGCCGGGGACCCGAAGCGACGGCAGCGGCAAUGAAAACCCGCACCGGUGGUGGACCGGCCGGCUCGUGGCAAACAUCGAUGGACCAAGCAGCCACCACAGCCGCUGAUUUUGGAUGGAAUCAAUUUUGGGUGUUGCUCGAUUUUGCCAUUAGACAACACGGAUGGACCCAGCGGCAACCAACAAUCUUUGGUUUUGAUUGAAUCGAUCUUUGGGUGUUGUUCGAUUGUGAUUAGACAGCACGGACGGCCACUACACAACAAGAGGAAGGGACGGCACGAGGGUAAGGAGGGCAGGGGGAGAAGUGACUUUUUGGACGAGAUGAGGGGCGGCAAGGAAAACGUAUUUUUCCCCCUCGUGCGAAUCCUUCAGGAGUUGUCGAGAGAGGGCACCAGCGGCAGCAGCUGGAGAAACGAGGUUCUGUGCGAUGAUGCCCUGGAAGCAAGCAGGCGUUCCCCUUCGCAUGCCGCUGAUUUCCCUUCCUGUCUCGUCUCAUUAGAUGCAUGGCAAAUAUAAGGGGUUUUGCUCUCGUUAUCUCUCUGCAUUGGCCUUUUCUUUUUCAGCAGAGAGAGAGAGGGAGGCGAGAAAAGCCUGGCACGUGUUUUGCUACUUACUGUUUUCUUCUGAAAAAUAUUCAUCUCUAUCUAGGUAAACACAUCGAACGAAUUCAAGUGUUAGCUUACUACCCCUUUUACUCUUCGGGUGAUGUUUCUCUAAUAGCAUUUUCAUCGCUUCAGGGGGGACGGGGAACGGGAAACUGGGCGGGGGGAUUGCCUGAGGCUUGGCACGAGGUCCGAGUUAAAAAAGAUUGAAGCUACAGUAUAGCUCGAAAAUCU